AUGUUGAAGGCACUCGUCCCUCCGAAGAUCGCAAACCCAAAGUCCAUCGGUGUCGCGGCAGAUGCAGCACGUAUGACCCGUGUCGUCUCCUUCUACAAGGCCCUCCCACGCGGUGCUGCUGCAAAGCAGACUGGCUGGAAGGCGAGGAACAUUGAUGGAAAGAACCCCUCGGGCAUGCCCAUGAUCUACCUGAUUGGCGGACUCUUUGUCAUUGGAUAUUCUCUCGACUAUGCUUUCCACCUCUCUCACCACAAGAACCACGAACACCACUAGAUUUUGACCACUUAGAGGUAUCCAUGUGCAGCGUAGGAUGCUAUACAAAACCAUCUGACUCUCUUGCGACUAUCCUCUAUCCUCUGCUUGCACUACACGCUUCUCAAGCCUACUUGGCUGUGAUCUGACUACGUUUGAAGCUUUGAUUUUUUUGGCUGCCCAUUUAGGCAAUUCGCGCUUCUUAAAAGAGUCGACGCGACUUGACAGUGUUUUAUGCUCGCUGCUGUGCAUUGGCUUUCUCUCUGAUCCUUGUGAAAGACUGAUCUCCCAAACAUCUUCCUCAAAG